UCGGCUGGCUUCGGAGGCACGAGAAAUCGAUGAUGACUCGACGAGAGCUCUGUUGUAUGGUACACGUAUACACGUCACAUAGUAAGUGCCACCCCUACCGCUCAGUGACACCAAGGUGCCCAAUCAAACCUAGCCUAGCCUAUGUCCCGUGGAGGCGAGUAAGGAGCUGCCGGAGAGUCUCCUAUAGUCGCUCAUCGACCGCCGAGCGCUCGACAAGAUGGCAAGUCACGCCCGAGACGUAGCGGAUAGAGCUAAUAUCAGGGCUGCUGGCUUGCAUUGGCAGACAUCACAACUACCGCCCAACCUGCUCAAGCUCUUCGCGCCUCGGCCAGCGAUCCCGUAUGCCAAGCCUCUGGGGCGAGACAUCGACAGGCCGCUCAACAAGGCCAUCCCUGGCGUGUUCGAUGUCAUCGAGCGAGUGAGGCAAGAGCGAGCAGAGAGAGGAGAGGAAGCCUUGGAGGCAGAAGAGCGCAGUCUCAACCCAGAAGCUUUCACAGACUCUGCCGAUCUGAAGAUCGCCAACGGCCGAGCGGAGCGCAAGCGAAGAAAAGAGGAAACCUACAAAAAGGCGUUGGAGACUUACAAGCCAAAAGAGGACGAGCACGCCGUCGGGGAUCCAUACAGGACCAUCUUCAUCUCUCGCCUGCACCGUGACGCGACAGAGGAGCAGCUGCGCAAAGAAUUCGAUCUCUAUGGCCGCAUCGAGAACCUCAAAAUCAUUCGGGACAGCAAGGAAAAGUCAAGAGGAUACGCCUUUAUCCUGUACGAGCGCGAGAGGGACAUGAAAGGUAAUCAUACAAAGCUGCAUUGCCUCUGUAAGGCCUCACUGACACCGACGCUGCUGCGCACAGCCGCCUACAAGGAUGCAGACGGGCUCAAGAUCCUCGGCAAACGCAUACUCGUCGAUGUCGAGCGUGGUCGUACGGUCAAGGGGUGGAAGCCAAGGCGACUCGGAGGUGGCUUGGGCGGUUUGGCCAAGCCGGCACCCGCAGAAGUCCCCUCGCUGUCGAGCUUCAGGGGCGGCAUGCGAGGUGCUCGGGGCGGCGGCAUGCGAGGCGGACCCGGUGGAUUCAGUAGUCGCGGUGGAGCCUUCAACGGGGGCGGAAGAGGCGGCUAUUCAGAUGGUCCACCUCGAGGCGCGCCGGCCUUCGGGGGCGGCUAUGGAGGCCCGCCUUCGCGGCCACCAGGGGCAUAUCCUGACGCGGGCGGCUUCGGUGACAGGGGUGGCUACGGUGCGCGACCGCCGCCUUCCAAGCCACUCGAUCGAUACGGAAGCAGCUAUGAUUCGCGAGGGUCUAACGGUACAGAUGCAUUUGGCCAAAACCGAGGCCCACCGAGAGGCGCCGGCAUCGGCUACGCGCCCAGCAGGGACACGGGUGACUACGGAGGGUCAAAGCGUGACUAUGACCGCGGACCGCACGACGGCGCCUAUCAAAAUGGCUAUGGCGAUCCAAAGCGGGCCAGGUACUGAGAUGCACAGCAUGAGAGCGGGCGCGCUAAUGUAAAUUUGACCGAGCAACGCUGGCCUGCGCUGUCGUAGUAUCUGUAUCUAGUCGUUGGUGAGUCGCGCCUGCGGUCGCUCGGACUCGCGCGGAUAA